GAGCAAAAUGAGAGCGCACUGAGCCGGCCUAGCCUCUCUCCCAGCCGUCCCCGACGCCCACCAUGAACCACUUGGAGGGGGCCGCGGAGGUGGAGGUGACCGACGAGGCGGCAGGCGGGGAGGUGAACGAGUCGGUAGAGGCCGACCUGGAGCACCCCGAGGUGGAGGAGGAGCAGCGGCAGCAGCACUAUGCGGGCCGCCCCCCGCGUGGGCGCGCCGUCGAGGACCUCUGCGCCCAGCCCGGGCAGCCGGAGGAGGAGGAGCGCGGGGAGUGCCUGGCGCGCUCGGCCAGCACGGAGAGCGGCUUCCACAACCACACGGACACGGCCGAGGGCGACGUGAUCGCCGCGGCCCGCGACGGCUACGACGCGGAGCGCGCGCAGGACCCGGAGGAUGAGAGCGCCUACGCCGUGCAGUACCGGCCCGAGGCCGAGGAGUACACCGAGCAGGCGGAGGCUGAGCACGCCGAGGCCACGCACCGCCGCGCGCUGCCCAACCACCUGCACUUCCACUCGCUGGAGCACGAGGAGGCCAUGAACGCCGCCUACUCGGGGUACGUCUACACGCACCGGCUCUUCCACCGCGGCGAGGACGAGCCCUACGCCGAGCCCUACGCCGACUACGGGGGCCUCCAGGAGCACGUGUACGAGGAGAUCGGGGACGCGCCCGAGCUGGACGCGCGCGACGGGCUGCGGCUGUACGAGCAGGAGCGCGACGAGGCUGCCGCUUACCGCCAGGAGGCCCUGGGCGCGCGGCUGCACCACUACGACGAGCGCUCCGACGGCGAGUCCGACAGCCCCGAGAAGGAAGCCGAGUUCGCGCCCUACCCGCGCAUGGACAGCUAUGAGCAGGAGGAGGACAUCGACCAGAUCGUGGCCGAGGUCAGGCAGAGCAUGAGCUCGCAGAGCCUCGAUAAGGCGGCCGAGGACAUGCCCGAGGCCGAGCAGGACCUGGAGCGCGCCCCUACCCCCGGCGGGGGCCGCCCCGACGGCCCCGGGCUGCAGGCGCUGGCAGGGCAGCAGCGGGCUGCGGGCACCGUGGGCGGCGAGGCGGUGCAGCGGUACAGCAAGGAGAAGAGGGAUGCCAUCUCGCUGGCCAUUAAGGACAUCAAGGAGGCCAUCGAGGAGGUGAAAACCAAGACCAUCCGUUCGCCUUACACCCCCGACGAGCCCAAAGAGCCCAUCUGGGUCAUGCGCCAGGACAUUAGCCCCACCAGGGAUUGUGAUGACCAGAGGCCGGGGGAUGGAGAUUCUCCGUCUCCCGGCAGCUCCUCACCCCUGGGCGCAGAGUCUUCGAGUACACCCCUUCAUCCCAGCGACCCCGCGGAAGCCUCCACAAAUAAAGAGUCAAGAAAAAGCUUGGCUUCGUUCCCAACCUACGUUGAAGUUCCUGGACCUUGUGACCCCGAGGACUUGAUUGAUGGAAUCAUUUUUGCUGCCAAUUACCUUGGCUCUACCCAGCUGCUUUCAGACAAAACUCCCUCCAAAAACGUGCGCAUGAUGCAGGCCCAGGAAGCAGUAAGCAGGAUCAAGAUGGCCCAGAAAUUAGCCAAAAGCAGGAAGAAGGCUCCUGAAGGUGAAUCCCAACCAAUGACCGAGGUGGAUCUCUUCAUUUCUACCCAGAGAAUCAAAGUAUUGAAUGCUGACACACAGGAGACAAUGAUGGACCACCCUCUGAGGACCAUUUCCUACAUCGCAGACAUCGGGAACAUCGUCGUGCUGAUGGCCCGCAGGCGGAUGCCCCGCUCCAACUCCCAGGAGAACGUGGAAGCCUCCCACCCGUCCCAGGAUGGAAAAAGGCAGUACAAGAUGAUCUGCCACGUCUUCGAGUCUGAGGACGCCCAGCUGAUCGCACAGUCCAUUGGGCAGGCCUUUAGCGUGGCAUACCAGGAAUUCCUCAGGGCGAAUGGGAUUAACCCCGAAGAUCUCAGCCAGAAGGAGUAUAGUGAUCUUCUCAACACCCAGGACAUGUACAACGACGACCUGAUCCACUUCUCCAAGUCAGAAAACUGCAAAGAUGUCUUCAUCGAGAAGCAGAAAGGAGAAAUCCUAGGUGUGGUGAUUGUGGAGUCUGGCUGGGGAUCCAUCUUGCCAACCGUGAUCAUAGCCAACAUGAUGCAUGGUGGGCCUGCAGAGAAGUCAGGGAAGCUGAAUAUCGGGGACCAGAUCAUGUCCAUAAAUGGCACCAGCCUGGUGGGCCUGCCUCUGUCCACCUGCCAGAGCAUUAUUAAGGGCUUGAAGAAUCAGUCCCGGGUAAAGCUGAAUAUCGUGAGGUGUCCUCCAGUGACCACCGUGCUCAUCAGGAGGCCAGACCUUCGCUACCAGCUGGGCUUCAGCGUCCAGAACGGAAUUAUCUGCAGCCUCAUGCGAGGGGGAAUAGCCGAGCGAGGAGGCGUCCGCGUGGGACAUCGGAUCAUUGAAAUCAACGGACAGAGUGUGGUCGCCACCCCGCACGAGAAGAUUGUCCACAUCCUCUCCAAUGCUGUGGGGGAGAUUCACAUGAAGACGAUGCCGGCUGCCAUGUACAGACUGCUGACAGCCCAGGAGCAGCCUGUUUACAUCUGAGGCCGCCCCGCCUGGCGGCAUGCAUGGAGGACUCUCCUCACUUGUGGUUGUGUUUCUCGUGCUGCAUCUGUGUGCCCACUGAGACGUUUCCCUCUCACGCCCAGCAUUCGGUUUUACACAGGAAGGAAAGAAUCCAGAGACCUUU